UUCGGGCCCACUGCUUGUGAGUAAUAAUUUUUUCGACAUUAAUAAUUUUAGCUGUUGUCCAAAUGUCUCACCAAACGGGUAUCCGAGCCAACGAGCAGCUGGCCAAGGUGUUCGGAAAAGCGAAAAAUGGUAAAUUUCGCGUGAUAAAAGUUUCGAUCGAGAAUGAGCAGCUGAGUUGUGGUGCCACGGCGGAGUCGAAAAAGGACUGGGAGCGCGACUACGAUAAGUUGAUAGGACCUCUCCUGGAGAAGGAUGUGCCCUGCUAUAUUCUCUACCGCCUGGACACCAAGAUCCCCCUCGGCUACAGUUGGCUCCUCAUCAGCUGGACGCCGGACACGGCCAGCAUUCGACAGAAGAUGGUCUACGCCUCCACAAAGGCCACGUUGAAAACGGAGUUCGGAUCCGCCUACAUAACCGAGGAGCUGCAUGCCACCACUUUGGAUGAGUCCACGUUGGAAGGAUAUCGCCGGCACAAGCAGGAAUUUGCUGCUCCCGCUCCCUUGACCACCAGGGAAGAAGAGCUGAAGGAACUGCGGAAAACCGAGGUCCACACAGAGAUUAACACGAAUACAAGGCAUCAAACUCUGGGCGGGAUCAACUGCCCCCUGAGCGAGCAGACUGUGGCCGCCAUCCAGGAUCUGGUGCGCGGAAAUCACGACUACCUGCAGUUCCGCAUCGAUCUGGAGGAGGAGCAAAUCCACGUCUCGCAUGCGGCCAAAGUGGAACUUGCCGAUCUCCCGAAACAGGUGCCCGAGGAUCAUGCCCGCUACCACCUCUUUCUGUUCAGGCACACGCACGAGGGCGACUACCUCGAGUCGUACGUGUUCGUCUACUCCAUGCCAGGAUAUUCCUGCUCCGUGCGCGAGCGCAUGAUGUACUCCAGCUGCAAGGCUCCCUUCCUCGAGGAGCUGGCGGCCCUCGGCGUCGAGGUCGUCAAGAAGUUGGAAAUCGACAGCGGCAGCGAGUUGACCGAAGCCUUCCUGCAGGAUGAGCUGCACCCGAAGAAGAUCCUGCACCGACCGGCUUUUGCCAAGCCCAAGGGGCCACCAAAUCGCGGCGCUAAGCGUCUCACGCGUCCCACCGACGAGGACUAAGUCUGAAUCCCGAUCCCAUCGAGUCAAUUCUAUAUAUCCACCUCAACCUCUUGUUCCUGGCAGAGCAUUUAAUUUAUUGUAUCCAAACGAGUCCGUGUUCAUCCGCAUCUCUUCCGUGUUGUGUCUAUCUGUCGUCCUGUAUUUAUAUGUGUCCGUACGCCAAUCGAUAUCUUUAGAGGCACUAGGCAUCAACUGAAACAUCGCAUAGCAGUAGCCAAUCUGGGCUUCCUUAAAUGUAUUCUUGUCUAUGUAACUUUAGAUGGACAUAUUUGCAAUUUAUUUAAAUUAAAAAACUCAACUAAGUUUA